AUGAAAGUCAUCAUUGUGGGGGCGGGUUUAGGAGGUCUGGCCUGCGCCAUCGCCUGUUGCCGUGAGGGAAUUGACGUCGUCGUACUCGAAAAGUCCCCUGAAGUUUGCGAGAUUGGCGCGGGUAUUCAGAUCCCCCCUAAUGGCGGCCGCAUUAUGCGGGAGCUUGGAGUCUUGCCCAAAUUACUCGAAAAGGGGUCUCAAGUUCAAGAGGUGGAGUUUCGUCGGUAUGACGAUGGUCAUUCGCUGCGAAUUAUGCCUUUUGGCGACGACAUUACCCAUGAAUAUGGCGUACCGUGGUUGUAUGUUUUCAUUGGCAAUCUGCAUAAAUAUCAAUCUAGAAUUAUUCAUAGAGCUGAUUACCAUCAAGUUCUUCUUGAAGAGGCAAUCCGACUUGGAGUCAAGUUUCAAUGGGGUGCUACUGUCGUGGACAUCUUGAUUGAUGGGCCCGAAGUCAUCCUGGAGGGGGGCGAGAAACUGUCCGGCGAUGUUGUAAUCGGCGCUGAUGGCAUCGGCUCUACCGUUAGGAAAAUUCUUCUUGGUGACUCGACCUCUUUGGUCGAGACUGGUGACUUAGCCUACCGGGCGGUAUUCAAGCGCGAGCAGUUAGAAGCUUUGAAUGAUGAAAAAGUCACGGAACUAUGCCAAAAGGUUGGUGUAACAAGCUGGCUAGGACCGGAAAAACACACUAUAUUCUAUCCAGUCCGUGGUGGAGAAGAAUUUAACCUGGUUCUCCUUCGACCGGAUACUUUCAGCCAAGUUUCUCAUCGAGAGAAAGGAGAUAUCUAUGAGAUGCGAGAGAGUUACGCGGACUGGGAUGAAACACUGCAGAAAAUUAUAUCAUGUGUGCCAUCCACUGAUAAAUGGAAAUUGUCAAAUCUACCUGAGCUACUAUCGUGGACAAAGGGCACCGUGGCUCUCCUUGGAGAUGCAUGCCAUCCAACACUGCCAUAUCAAGCACAGGGAGCAGCGAUGGCAGUUGAAGAUGGUGCACUCAUCGGCCAGCUUCUUGGUCUUUUGCAGGCCCGCUACAGCAGUCUUGGAAAUGGCCCAUCGAUAUCGGCAAACGAGUCAACCCAAAAAACGCUUGUCUCUUUACUAGAACUCUAUGAGCAGAUUCGAAAGAAACGUACUACACGCAGUGUGCAAGGAGCAAUCAUGAAUCGCAAAUUGUUUCAUAUGCCAGAUGGACUUCUGGUACGCAUCCGCAAUUUCCUCGUGCGAUACGCAGGCGUUACUCGCAAGUCUGAUUGGACAUGGCUAUCUUCGUUCCGCCAGAGACAAAUUCUUGGAUACGACGUGCUGCAGGAUUCUAAGAAGGUUUUUGACGCCUGGGCCACUUCACAUUUUCCGGUGAAGAGCGGAUAG